AUGUUAUUCCAAGUAGGUUUACUAUUCUUUGUGAUCAAGAAAAGUCCUCCAGCUCUUGGAGAUAUUCGAUAUUUUCUGAUAAACACUAGUUGCAUCCAAAUCACACUCAUAAAUAUCUCAAGUUUUCUGCAAAUGAGAUAUAUUCCAAAUAGCACAACACUUGCGCUAAUUUCAAAUGGAUUGUGUGCAUUUUUUGAGAUUGAAGUUUGUUUUUCUGGAUAUCAUAUUCAUAUGAUGACAACAUUGGCAACUGGGUUAGCAAUUUCUAAUACAAUGUUAUUUCGAUAUCUUAUUCUUGCACGAUUCAAAAUAUCGAAACGAAUGGUUAAAUUAAUGAUGUUUAUUGCAUACAUUCCACCAAUAAUUGUUUUGGUAAGUUGGUCACCAAAUUUUUUUUUAAAGAAGACGAACAAAGGAUAUUUUUGCAUUGAAAACGGAUUGACUUUAAAAAAAAGUUAGUGUUCUAAGUUUUUCAGAUAAUCCCAUUCACUGAUACAUGGGACUUCUCAUCUGUCAAAUCUCAAACUGUUGUGGAACACCCAAAUUACAUAAUCUCCGAACCAAUGGUUGGGUUCUCGAAUGUUCAUAGUGCGCAAUUCAUAGCGGCAACUUUUAUAUUAUCUCUCGGUGUUUAUGGAAUCCCAUCAUUUUGUUUGAUUUUGACAAGAAAAGUUUUGAAACUCAUCCAAACACAUAACAAUAUGUCAGAGAAAACAAAAUCGCAUUCCCGAAUGUUAAUCAAAGGUUUAAUGUUUCAAACAGCCCUUCCAAUGUUGUCAUAUAUUCCAAUUUUUACAUGCUAUUGCUAUAUGCAAAUAAGUGAAAAAGAGUUGCUUCUUCCUCGUGAGUUACUUGGUUUUAAAAUUUUUACGAUAAUAUUUUUCUCAGAAUAUUUAUUGAUGCCUUUGAUAUCAGUGCCUGGUUUGAUUGAUCCUCUGAUUUCAUUUUAUUUUAUAAUUCCCUAUCGAAAAUUAAUUAACGACAUGUUAUUCAAAGGUCCACGAACUGAUGUCAUUUUUGUAACAAAUUUCAGAGCAUAGGUGGUUUUUUUUUGACAUUUGCAACAUUUAAUUAAAUAAAUUUUUUUCAAUUUGAACUCGAUUAAUCAUCGAACGCGUGUUCUAGUAAAAAAAAUGUCAGAGAAAUUGAUAAAUUUAGGUACUGACGCAUGAAGUGAAUAAUGCUUUGGGAUUUAUUGUAAUUCUAUGUAAGUACAAAUUCCCAAAUGAAUUUAUAACAGCCUCCUACUACUUAAUAACAAAAUUUGCCCUCCAUUUUCAUUUUGAAAAAAUGUCGAUGCCAAAUUAUUUCGCAGUUAUACAGUACUCAGCUUUCAUAAUCUCCUUGAUUAUGAAUAUUUUUUUGCUUUAUCUUUUGAUAAUAAAAUCAUGUAAAUCAUUUGGAAGAUACCGUAUUCUUAUGAUAAUUUUUUGUUUUUGUUCCAUUUGGUAUUCUACAAUUGAAAUCGUUUCUCAACCAGUUAUGCAUAUCGAAGGUCCCAGUAUUUUAUUCUUUCUUCAGGAAGAGUUUUUGAAAUAUCAUAUGAUAUAUGGCUAUUUAGCAUCCGGACUUUUUUGUGGAUCAUUUGCUUUUUGUAUUAUGGCAUUUGCAAUCCAUUUUAUUUAUCGAUAUUUGAGUGUUUGUCGUCCAAACUUACUUCAUGUUUUUAAUGGUCCCAAACUAUUUUUAUGGUAUUUGAUACCAAGUAUAAGUAUGAUACUCUGGGGCUCAUUGAAUGUUUGGCUAUACCAUGCUGAUAACUUCAGAAGAAAUUAUUUUCGAGAAGUUAUGAAUAAAACAUACAAUGAAGAUGUGGAUCGAAUUAUAUUCCUGGGCCCAAUUUACUAUUUAGUAGAUGGGAAAAACAAUCGACAUUGGUUAUAUAAAGAUGUUGCUGGAAUAGUUAUCUUAUGUUCUUUGUUAUCAUUAUCAAUUAAUUUUUGCUUGACUUGUGCAUUUUUGACUUAUCGAAACUUGAAAAAUUUGUCAUCGAUCACAAGUACCCAAAAUCUUGCACUCAAUCGACAAUUAUUUAUUUCCUUACUUCUUCAAACCGUCUUUCCCAUUAUAACUCAAUAUAUUCCAGCCGCUCUUUUAUAUAUUUUUCCAUUUGUUGGAGUAAACGCAGGAAGAUUGGCCAAUUGGGUUGGACUAUCUUGUUCAAUUUAUCCUGCCCUUGAACCAAUUAUUGCUAUUUUGAUCAUUGAAAGAUUUAGAAAAUUCGUUUUCUGUGAGUUUUUGUUUCUAAAUUUGUGUAUUUUUUCAUUAAUUAUUUUUCACAGGCCAAGCCAAACUUGCUUCAAAUGGCACAAUAUCAACAACAAAUAUCGAGACAAAUAUACACAAUAUGCGAGAAAUAUCAGUUCGCCGAAGUAUAUCUCAAUCCCCGGUGCAUUCAAAUAAUUAG